GAGACAGUGAGUUCCUAUGGGAGGCCGAUGUCAUCAGAAAUGCCGCCAGGAAACCUCACGGAAACCAAGAUGACUGGUGUGGGAAACAGUAUGAAAAGCGACACGGAUAAGAUAGAAGAAGAAGCCAAGGAAUUAGCCCUAGAAAAGAUGGAGAAUAUUGAAACCAUGUCGAAGAGGCAAAGGAAAAAGCUAAUGAAACAGAAGCAGUGGGAAGAGCAAAGAGACUUGCGCAAGCAGAAACGUAAAGAAAAACGCUUGAAGAGAAAACUGGAGCGUCGGUCUCAAUUGGAAUCAAACACGGAAGAAAGUAUCAGGAAACGCAAGUGUAGGGAAGUGGCUCCCAGUAAACUUCGACUUAUUAUAGACUGCAGUUUUGACAGUUUAAUGGAACUAAAGGAUGUCAAGAAACUUCACAAGCAAAUUCAGAGAUGUUACGCAGAAAAUCGCAAAGCACUCCAUCCUGUACAGUUUUAUUUGACCAGCCAUGGUGGUCAGCUGAAAGACAACAUGAAUGAAACUGACAAAGGCUGGGUAAACUGGAAGGAUAUCCAUAUUAAAUCAGAGCAUUAUAGUGAAUUGAUAGAGAAGGAAGACCUUGUGUAUCUUACCUCGGACUCUCCCGAUCUUCUGAAUGAACUAGAUGACUCCAAAGCCUAUGUUAUUGGAGGCUUGGUUGAUCAUAACCAUCACAAGGGAAUCACGUACAAAAGGGCACAAGAGCAGGGUAUACGUCAUGCACAGCUUCCGCUAGGUAUUUUUGUAAAAAUGAACAGCAGGAAAGUUCUGGCAGUCAAUCACGUGUUUGAGAUCAUCCUUGCAUAUUUAGAAAAGAGAGACUGGGAAGAAGCCUUUUUCACUGUAUUGCCACAACGCAAAGGAGUUAUAUCACUAAAUGAGACAAUGGAUAAGUCUGUGCCUGUACUGCAAGAUUCAAAAAUUGUUCAGGAUGAAGCCUCAGAUAGCGACUAAGCACAUGGGAGGUUCAUUUCUGAAAAGGGUCACAAAUGCAAAGGGUCAGAAGUUGGACACCUUUCUUCUGGUAUGGCAUUAUUUAUGGCAGGAGAGGACAUCAGGCAACCCAUCACAUAAUCUUGGAUGGAUGUGUUCAUGCACCCAUUGCCACCCCUGUAUCGCCACUCGAAACUGGGGUGAGGUGAAUUUUUUGUCCCCAGAUGAUUUGUGCCCACAUGCUUGGGAUAUCUACAUGCAUGCAUACUCUUGACCACCCUUUUCGCCCCCUCCCUCAUAUAUGUAGCCUGGACAGGCUUGUUUUCAAAUUGGAAGUUCUGUUUAUUACUUAAGGUUUUGGAGAAAAGGUCUAUAUAAGCCACAGACUGCCCUUUAAAGAUGCCAAAAUGCCCCCCAAAGGAUGUAGAAUGACCAGUAAUGUAUGCAGAGACCUGGAGGUUGUCUUGGCAACCUGGGGGCAAGUUUUGGGGGAGAAUGGAGCCACUUGAGGAACACAAGAACUGUCUCAAGAUUCUUAUGCUUCCCACAUACUGCACUUUAAGCCAGCUCCGUUUUAUGGCUUGACACAUUGCUUGUGUGCUAUUUUGAAGCACUGAAUUUAUAUUGCCACAUCUGGAUUUCACACCUUACAAAAUACUUGACUUUUAGUGUCUCUAUAAAGCAAAACCACAGAUAAAAAAGCCUUUUAUGUUUCCCAAGGAAGCUGAUACUUGCUGUUUAAUUUAAAUUUUGUUAAAACAACUUUCCUGUUCUGAACAUGGUAACAGAACUUUGCUUAGAGCGAAGUUUGGCUUAGUUGAAACGUCUGUAGGGUUUAGUAAACACCUUGAUUUUUGUUCCUGGCUUUCCGUCCACUUCCAUUGUUGGCCCUGCUGUGCCUUUUGGCUCCAUCUUGUAUAUUUUGAGUAAGUGUUUGAUGAGUGCUUGACAAAUUCCAGUUAGAAUUGAAUUAUAAUAUUGCUGUUUGCGGGGGGCGGGGCAGAUUGGGGAUGGCUUUACAAUUCAAAUGCCCCAUCUACUUUUUUAUUGUAAUGUAGCUACUUCCUAAUCUUGGGUGAAAAAAUAAAAUUAUUUCCUAGA